CAACUGAGGCGUCUGCGUCGGUCAAGCCGCCCCAGAUGGAGAAGUACACACCGCAGCGCGAGUUCGCCGACCGCCGUCUCAAGGUGUCCGGCGCCCGCACCUACUUCUAUGUCAACGAAGCCCAGUGCGAGAAAAACAUGGAGACCUUCAUUAACUGCAUAGACGCCGUGUCUGACGCCACCUACGGCACUGGCUUCGCCGCCAUCAAGAUGACGGCCCUCGGUCGGCCUCAGCUCCUCAUGCAGCUGUCUGAGACAAUAGCGCGCACUCGCCAGUACUUCCACAAGGUGACGGGAACCUGUGGAGGUGCCGUCAUAUCUUCAGACAUCAGCUCGGAUGUCUUCAAGGCGCGAUUCAAACAGGAAGCGAUCGGGCCUGUGGACAACGAGGCGGUGCAGAAGUGGCUCGACAACAUGACGUACGACAAGAAAGGUCUGAUCCACCUCUUCUCGUGGUCUGGUCUCAUCGACACCAACAUGUUGCUACAGGACGUCUUCAGGGUGCCCAACCUGGUCACGGGCAAGAUGGAACCUCUCAUCUCCACGCUCACCAAAGAGGAGGAGGAAAUGUUCAAGAACAUGAUGAGAAGGUUACAUACUAUUUUCCAGUACGCACAGGAACGCGACGUGCGAGUGAUGGUGGACGCUGAGCAAACCUACUUCCAGCCCGCCAUCUCCCGCCUCACGAUGGAACUCAUGAAGAAAUACAACACAGAGAAGGCUAUCGUGUUCAACACGUAUCAGUGCUACCUGAAGAACACCUACAACGACCUCGUACUCGACCUCGAGCAGUGUUACAGACAGAAAUUCUUCUUCGGCUGCAAACUCGUGCGCGGCGCAUACAUGGAGCAGGAGCGGCUACGGGCAGAAGCACUUGGCUACGAGGAUCCCAUAAACCCGAGCUUCGACGCCACCUCAGAGAUGUACCACCGAUGUCUUCUUGAGGCCUUGCAGAAGAUAAAGAAAAACAAAGAGGAUGGAUGUCCUACGAAGAUCGCGAUCAUGGUGGCAUCACACAACGAAGACACGGUGCGCUUCACCAUACGCAACAUGAAGCAGUUCGGCGUGCAGCCUGAGGACCGCCUCAUCUGCUUCGGCCAACUGCUGGGCAUGUGCGACCACAUCUCCCUGCCCCUGGGUCAGUCGGGCUACUCCGUGUACAAAUAUGUUCCGUACGGCCCCGUGAACGAAGUGCUGCCUUACCUCUCACGGAGAGCCACCGAGAACUCGAGCCUCAUGUCCAAGCUGCAGAAGGAGCGCUCGAUGCUCUGGAAGGAACUCAUCCGCAGGCUCAGGACCGGCAAGUUUGUCUACAGGCCUGAAGGCAAAUACGUGCCUAUAGGCGCGCAAAUAGUCAAGGAAUGAAUAAUUAAUUAGAACCUCCCGGCGUGCUGGCUAGAGGUUCUGGCUAGAGAGAACCUCCCGACGUGCUAUAGGCACGUAGAUACGUGCCUAUAGUGGCACAAAUAGCCAAGGAGUGAAUAAUUAGUUAUUAAUUAGAACCUGCCGACGUGCUGGCUAAAGGCAAAUACGUAUCCCUAUAGGGGCACAAAUAGUCAAGGAGUGAAUAAUUAGUUAAUUAGAGUCUCCCGACGUGCUGACUAGAGGCAAAUACGUGCCUAUAGGCGCGCAAAUAGUCAAGGAGUGGAUAAUUAAUUAGAAUCUCUCGACGUGCAGGCUAGAGGCUAAUACGUACUUCUAUUUGCGCUGACGGGAACAUUAGAGUACUUUCAGUAGAACUUGCAGCGAUACAAUAUGAUUCAUGUGGAUAUUCCAUGUAUAUUGGACUUGUGCUGCCCAGUCCACAAGUCGAGUGCAGUCCGCGUCAGGCUAGGAGGGCCUCAGCGUAUCAUGCUUGAGAGCCAAUUUUAUUAUGUCAACUGCCCGUUAUGAUGAUGCUGGCGCUGUUAUUUAGUCUGUCUUCUGCUAAUUGUAAUCAGGGAUCUAAAUUUAAGUGUCUUUGCAUACUUUGCUUCCGAGUGAAAUGACUGAUCGCACUCCGUUUCUUGAUGAUGAUGUUGAAAAAAAAGUUUAUCGGAAUAUAGGUACGAUUCAUUGCUUGGUCUUUCACUUUGUGUUAUACGACGCAUCAUUUAACUGUCAUUAGCCCUGGAGAGGUUCCUUCUUGCCAUUUGUAGGCUUAUGAUCUCCCAUUCCAUGGCUCGAAUGUUCGUUGUGAUGUAAGACAGGAAGAGGAAAGAAUGUGACUUAACACCCUUCAUUGCUAAUGUCCUGUGCGUUGUAAAUGUUCUUAAUGUUGUUCUGACUCCAUAGUUUACACGAUUGUUUGUUAUACUCAAGAAGAGACGGGUUAGUUUAACGACAAUGGCAACUCAAUCAAACUAGACUUAGAAAUCAUGGCUUUGAUUAGGUUACUGGGAUCUUCGGUUGUGAUUCGUUAAGGCUAAAGAAACUCUUGGCAAAAAAGUCUACAAAAAGUCGCCGAGAGUUCGCCGCUCUCGGCGCACGACCGAUCGCACCACAGUUUUUGUGUCAGCCGUAUUUAUGUUGGUUUCGCCUGUUGGACAGCAAGCAUCUCCGACACCUCGCUUGAUGAGUCUGGCAGUCUUGAAUAUUGGGCCCGUGUGAACAUCAGAUACUUUAUUUGCUAUUAUUUUCAUGCAUUGGAUGUAAGAUUUACUUGACCCAAAAGACUAAAGGAAAAAAGAAAAUUUCUUGUUAAUCUGCGACGCCUGCCAUGUUCUUGUUCUGUUGGUACAGAGUGAUUCACGCAAAUUUCCUGUUUUGUAUUUCGCGCAUGCAGUAUGAGUAUUUCGUAUGAAAUGCAAGGUCAUGAGUUUUGUGUCCCGCUUAGUCACUUGCCACUAUGCAUUGGACAAGUGAGCAGCGUGCGUUUACUUUCGAGGUGUAAUUUCUUAAUGGUCGUUACAUUAUCGCUACUAUAAGUGAUGGUGGUGAUUUUAAUGAUGUAGAAAAUGUUUAAAACUUUUUCAAAAACAUCCGUGUUUCUGUAUGCCGAUGGAGCCUCUGUGUCCGUAUUCGUCUCCCAGGUCGGGUUCCUGAUCGAAUAUCGUUUGUUACUUGAGUGAACACAUUUAGGGCAAGUGGAAGUGUGAAUGCAAGAGACAAUUGUUAACAAUGACAGUCCAAGGACAAACCUUAUACGAAGAACAACAUACAUCAAGCCAUCGCCAACAUGCCCGUCAAUAUGCUUCAGCGAGUUGAAC